AUGGGCAAGCAGCAAGAUCGGAGCUCCACCCCGCCGGCCGAUGGGCCACCGCCCCUCGGCGGGCAUAACGGGGCUCACUGCUCAACGGAGGCGCCGGCGGACACCGCCCGGCGCCUUGGCAGAGGGCUGAUGACCUCCCCCGCGACAGAAUCCGACGGCGGCUUCUGCGAGGACGACGGCUUCUAUUAG